CCCCCUCCUUGCGGCGCAGUGAGCCGCGCCGCUGGCAGCUCGCGGUCUCCAGGGCUCGGCGGGAGGAGGCCGAGGCUGCGGACGCGGGCGCCCAGGCCAUGGCCUCGCCCGGGCUGCCACAGCCCCCCGCCGAGGGCUCGCCCUGGCCUCUGCGCCUGCUGCACGCGCCUCCAGAGCUGCUGCGGCUGGACCCCACGGGCGGCGCGCUGUUGCUGCUCAGCCUCGCGGCGCUGCUCGGCUGGAGCUGGCUGUGGCGGCACCGGGCGCGGGGCAUCCCCCCCGGCCCCACGCCCUGGCCCGUGGUGGGCAACUUCGGCUUCGUGCUGCUGCCUCCGUUCCUCCGACGGAAGAGCUGGCUGCACCGCCGGGCGAGGGCCGCAGGGAUGGAGCCCUCGGCCCUGGGCCCGCAGCUGCUCCUGGCCGACCUGGCUCGCGUGUACGGCAACGUCUUCAGCUUCUUCAUCGGCCACUACCUGGUGGUGGUCCUCAGCGACUUCCACAGCGUGCGCGAGGCGCUGGUGCAGCAGGCCGAGAUCUUUAGCGACCGCCCGCGGGUGCCGCUCGUUUCCCUCGUAACCAAGGAGAAGGGGAUUGUAUUUGCACAUUAUGGUCCAGUCUGGAGACAACAGAGGAAGUUCUCUCAUUCAACUCUUCGUCAUUUUGGCUUGGGAAAGCUGAGCUUGGAGCCCAAGAUUAUUGAGGAGUUUAAAUAUGUGAAAGAGGAAAUGCAGAAGCAUGGAGAAAACCCCUUCGACCCUUUCCCCAUUGUCAACAAUGCCGUCUCUAACAUCAUUUGCUCCCUGUGCUUUGGCCAGCGCUUUGAUUACACCAAUAGUGAGUUUAAGAAAAUGCUCAAUCUUAUGUCACGAGCAUUGGAAAUCUGUCUGAACACCCAGCUCCUCCUGGUUAACAUAUGCUCCUGGCUUUAUUAUCUUCCUUUUGGACCAUUUAAGGAAUUAAGACAAAUCGAAAAGGAUAUUACCACUUUCCUUAAAAAAAUCAUCAAAGACCAUCGAGAGUCUCUGGAUGUCGAGAACCCUCAGGACUUCAUAGACAUGUACCUUCUCCACGUGGAGGAGGAGAGAAAAAAUAAUAGCAAUAGUAGCUUUAAUGAAGAUUACUUAUUUUAUAUCAUUGGUGAUCUCUUCAUUGCUGGGACUGAUACCACAACUAACUCCUUGCUUUGGUGCCUUCUGUAUAUGUCACUGAACCCCGACAUACAAGAAAAGGUUCAGGAAGAAAUUGAAAGGGUCAUUGGUGCUGACAGAGUCCCUUCCCUCACUGACAAGGCCCGGAUGCCCUACACAGAAGCCACCAUCAUGGAGGUGCAGAGGCUGACGGUGGUGGUGCCACUUGCCAUUCCUCACAUGACCUCGGAGAAAACAGUGCUCCAAGGAUAUACCAUUCCUAAAGGCACGGUGGUGUUACCCAACUUGUGGUCAGUACACAGAGACCCAGCCAUUUGGGAGAAACCAGAUGAUUUCUACCCUAAUCGAUUUCUGGAUGAUCAAGGACAACUUAUUAAAAAAGAAACAUUUAUUCCUUUUGGGAUAGGGAAGCGGGUAUGUAUGGGCGAACAGCUGGCAAAGAUGGAAUUAUUUCUGAUGUUUGUGAGCCUAAUGCAGAGUUUCACGUUUGCUUUGCCGGAGGAUUCUAAGAAGCCCCUUCUGACUGGCAGAUACGGUCUGACUCUAGCCCCACACCCAUUCAGUAUCAUCAUUUCAAAGAGAUAAAGAACAAGUCUGAGAAGAGAAUGUAAAUACAUUUCCUCCUUGACAGAUUUCUUCCUUCUGCAGCUGAGAACCCACCCAGCGACGACGCAGCGCCCGGGUUAGGCUCAGGUGAGAGGAGGACCAGACAUGGGUAGACCUUGCCUCUUGGAAGGUUCCUCAGUAGGACAUGUCUGUCACUUUACUAAUGCCCGUCUGUGACCUGGGGGCUGGGCCGGGAAGCAGGAGAUCUGGAUUUUAUCCCCCGUGGCUUCCAGCAGCGAACAUUCCUCCCCAUCACUCAGUGCCUCCGUCAUUCCGUGUGUGAAACGAGGUUCAGAAAACGUGCCUUCUCUCCCUCUCUCAGCGCUAAGGAAGGUCAAAUGCCGCAUGUCUUUCCCGACAUCACCAAUACACUGUUAAGUACUGAAGAACAAAUUCAGAAGCCAAAGGAAGACCCGCCAGCUUAAGGCCUGUGACAACACGAAAGUGGGGUUCCUACUUGAGCGCUUUGCCAGAGAAGAUGUGGGUUUCGGCCAUGAUGAGUUAGAGCUUUUCUCUGCAGAGAUCCUACGUCAGUCUUGGGAGGGGGGAGGCUCGUUUUGUUACUUUUAUCUUUUCCUUUGUGAUUUAGUUUUUUACAUUUUGUAGACGUGGGCUCAAGGCUGUUGUUUGAAUGUACAUGUCGGCCUUCUGUUUCAGCUGCAGGAACAGGGAGGCUGGCUGAAGAGGUGGCUUCAUGGCUCAGAGUUGCUCUGCUGAGUUGCUUGGAGAGCCGUCGCCCUUUCGACCUGAGCCCUGAAUAGUGAGCUUGGGAAUGCUGAUACUGGGAUUCCUCAGGGAAGGAUUCAGACUGUGCCAAACAUCCCUUUCUUGUUCUCUCUUCCACUGGCUUCGUGUGUCUCACCUUAGCACUUCUCAGACAGAGAGGCAUUCUUAGCCUUGUUAAGAGAAGUACAUCCGUCCUUAAUAAAGGUCCCUUCAGAAGAGCAGUUCUCAAAAAAGGCGCUGACCCCUUUCAGGGGGUAUUUGGAAAUGUGUAAGUGCAUCUUUGGUUAUCACAAUGACAAGGGAGCUAUUGGCCUUUUGCUGCUGUGCGGCCAGGAUGCUAAGUGAGCAGACCUGUACCAGGAGGAAUAAUCCUGCCAACUGCCAGUAUUUUCCCCAGGGAGCGCAUGCUCCGAAGAAUGACCAGCCCGCUCCUGGAUUCUCCCGUAGCGCUCCUGAGAGAGAAGUGACCACGAUAAUAAGAUUCCCCCCUGCAGUUUGAGCCUUCCUCCUGCUGGCCCCAAACUUAGUGCUUUCCUUGUGUGCCUACACAGUUCUUACAGAAACUCGACUAAGAUGUUAUUUUGCAGCUGGUAGAGCUGAGCGUCAGAGAAGUGAAGGUACCUAGUCAGAAGGUCCCGCUGUCAUUUCAGACCUACCCGUCCUUGUGACUGGAGAGUUCUGUCUGAAUGCUGCUCUCUCCUGCCACCACCCGAUCCCACGGGAGACUACUCGGCGUUUUCAGUGCCGAUGGGUGAAGUACAGACAAAUCUCUAGGUGCCUUGAGGAUUUUUGUCAACUAAAAAAACAGCAGCAGCAACAACAAAAACAAAACAAAUAAACUAAGGCCCAGGAAUUGUGAGCAAAUUGAGCGGCUGUUGUCUAGAUUGGUGAUGACGCAGGUGUGGUUACACUGUACCUUGAGCGGGACAGUUUGUUCCUCAUCUGGAAUUUUAUAGGCUUUUGAGGUGCACUAAUAAUUUGGCAUUAGCAAGUUUAUUACUCCUUAAUUUAUGCAUACAUCCUCAACAUUCCUAACUAGUUGCAGCUUACUUGAAAAAAAAAACAACCAAAAAAACCCUGUUCUGUGAGAUUUUGUUGAAAUCAGAUGUUCAUUAAACUUUUAAACAUAAUGCCUCAGACUGUAGCACUUUAAAAACAUCUCUAUGUGGUAAGCCACUGAAAGGACUGUUAAUGCUUUCCUUGUAUAUGUUGGAGUUUUAUGAUUUUGUACCUUAUGAUUUAUUUGAAGCGUAAAAAUAAUAGUACUUAGUUUUAUUUAUCUUCCUAAUACCUAAUUUUUAAUCCUCAUCUUUAGCAUAAUUUUUGGUGCUUUUAUUAAACUUUUAGUUUUAACUGAAA